AUGCGUCAACUGGACUUGGAGACGGAGCACAGAGACCUUGGCCUGGGCAGCCGCAGUAACAACGGCGAGGAGAACCCCGACAAGCUACCACCACUCUCUGCGCCUUUGGCAGACGGCUGGUCGACCCCCGAAACCAUGAAGCCCUCGCCGAUAAACUGCCCGCGAAAUAUGGUCUCGUUCUUCGACGCCAGCAUUCGACGCAUGGAGGAGCAGCCGCCUGCGCAGUGGUACUUCGGCUUGAAGACCUUUGCCGCCGCCGCCGUCGCUCAUUAUGAUUUCCGGCAAGGUGGUGUUGGCCUAGGAGAUCGCGGAGGCCUCCGCUCGAGCUUCUGCCAAGAGAGUAAGUUCACCUCCGACAGUAUCAUGAAUGAAGUCUCCCAAGACUUUGACGACAACGACGAGACCAGAGUCAACAACAACAUGGGGGUUACUGUGCUACAUCGAAGCCUUAAACAGAUACUGCACGCAACGCGCGGGUCCCUGGAGUUCCGCAACCAGGAAUACCGGCCACUGCGGGCCUACUGCGAGGCCUUUUACACAUACGCGUGCGAAGACUGCAACGAGUCGCUCGUGUGGGCGCACGCGCAGCUCGAUUUUGAAGGGCAAAGGGCUUCGCGGAGUUCGGCAACAAAGGGAUGA